UAAUUAAUAAACUAGUUCUCCAUGAGUAGUCAUGUCACGUCAAACCUCACCCAAAAAUUCCAACUUGAGAGAGACUUCUGUAGUGAUUGUCAAUUCAUCUCUCUCUCUCUCUCCUCGUUUUGUAUGUAUUGUAUGCAUCGUGUAUGUAUAUAUCAUGAUGUCGGAUCGUCUCUCUCACGCGGAAUCCCACAGAUCUUUCACAUCACCACCUUCAAUUUUCACCCCCAAUUCUCCAAACCCUCAUCGCAGAUCUUCAAUUUCCCAUCCAAAAAUCCAAUCUUUUUCAACAACCAAAAAAAAAUGCAGCAGCAGCCUCAAUUCCCGGAGCAGGAGCAGCUGAAAUGCCCUCGCUGCGAUUCCCACAACACCAAAUUCUGCUACUACAACAACUACAACCUCUCCCAGCCUCGCCAUUUCUGCCGCAGCUGCAAGCGCUACUGGACCAAAGGCGGCACCUUGCGGAACAUCCCCGUCGGCGGCGGCUCUCGCAAGACCUCCAAGCGGAGCUCCUCCGAAACCUCCUCCGCCACCUCCAAACGCCCCGCCGUAGACGUAUCCCCCUCCCCGCCGCCCAAAGACGGAAAAAGCAGCGAUCAGGACAAGGCCGGCGAGGUGUUCGACACAUUGCCGCUGAGAGGAGAGAAUUUCAGUGGGCAAUUUGAUAGCUUGAGCUUCAGCUCUUUGCUGGGCUCAGGCGGGGACCACUUCGACGCUUUGCUGGGCCCUAAUGGGCCGGCCCAUUUCGACGAAGCGGGUUCGGGCCAGGAUGCGAAUCCGGGUUUGGACGUUUCCGGUGAUGGUGAUGAGUUCUUGAAUUUGCAGGGCGGCGGCGGCGGCGGAGAUUGGCCGGAUCUUGCAAUUUACACACCUAGCUCGAAUUUUCAGUAGCAUUGAGGUGAGAUUAAUUAGGGAAACAAAAAACAGAAUCUGCAGAGGAGUUGUUUAUCUGCUAAUUUUUUAGUUUUUUCGGUUUGGGAAGAGUUUGUUUUGUUGGUUGUUUUUGUUUCUAAUUUUCUGAGGAAUCUAAUUAUACUGCUGCUAGUAUUUAAGAAAAAUGAAAAAUACGUGACUAAUAUUGUAAGAAUGUUUCUGGUGUUUGUGAGGUUUGGUUUGGUAUCAGCAUUAAUGGUGGAUGGAUGUAUAAUGUCUUGAUUGAAUUGGAUUUUAGUGUCGGUUCUGUGUGACA